AUGGACCAACAAGUACCACUGCCCCUAGCUAGCGACCUACCUCUCUUUAAUUGGGAAGACUUCCGUCAAAGCACAUCACUACCCGAAUCCGGCCACCCAUUAUUACAGGAAUCGGCGACCUCUGAUAUCAACUCAUUGCUCUCAGCCUGCUCCUAUCCCCUGUCCGAAUCAUACGACUCACGAAAUGCUCAAAGUAAUACGCCAUCACCAAAUUCUGACGACUCCGCCCUUGAGCUCGCGUUUUACUUGAACCGGACGAACACAAACCAAAUACCCGGCUCUAAAUCGACGACACCACGGCCACAGAAACGCCAGCGAGAUGGACCAAAGAAGGCCACACCAGCGAAUAACUAUAGAACGCCUCAAGCUGUUGGUGAUAGUGAGGAAAAUCCUGGACAGCGUCGUCGCAUGCAAACUCGCAUGGCACAACGUGCAUAUCGUUCACGACAACAAGCCACGUUUGAAGGCCUCAAGAGCCGCAUCUCCCUUUUGGAGACCUCAAUGGAGAAAAUGAGCUCUGCUAUGCUGUCAUUUAGUGCGCACCUUACAAGGACCCACAGUCAACCGCCAGGCACCCGACAUCCCCUCCACCUGCCCAUGGAUGGCAUUGAAUUUUAUAACCCUAACAGUACUGUCAUGUCAUAUACCGUCACUUCAUCAGGAAUUUCGGUUUUAGAGGUAUCCGAAUUCAUUGACAGGCUGCUUCUAGCAGCUCUCUACCAGGGACAUCUCGCUCUAUGCAAUCCGUCAAUCGGCUUGGAUCAACUCCAGAGGCCCUUUGGGAUUAUUUUUAGUAUUAUGAGUCGUGAACGCCUGGCAUCCUACUUUAAAGCGGAAUUAUAUGCUCACGCAAGCCAAAAGCCGCUGGAUGGAUGGGAGGAAGUCCCCCUGUUCAGGUUGGGGGGCGCGGGAACCCAUUAUCCCGACAGGAGCAUGGGUGCAUUUGUCCCUCAUUACCAGAGAUGGGGAACUGUGGAGGACCCCAUAUCACUCGUCAAGGAAGACUUACGAAAGCAACUAGAAGGUGAUUGGUUUGACUUGCAAGAUCUGAAGGGAUAUCUUCAAGAUAAGAAUGUGCUCCUGGUUGCGUCAGCUGGUGAGCCAACAAGAUACUCGAAAGUGCAGACCAAUAUCAAUGUCUCACGUUUCAUAUCAACGUUGAUAAGCAGAGGAGUUUGCCUAGGUCGCACACCUGGGUUCCAACGCAAUGAUGUGGAGGAGGCCCUGCACGUUUCGACUGUUGUGUGA